UGUGCAGGCGGCUGCUUUGGUGCAGUCAUUGUGGACAAGGAGACGGGAGAGGUGGUGGGGGAGGGCUACAACAAGGUCAUCCUGCACAACGACCCCACCUGGCACGGCGAGAUGGAGGCGAUCCGCAAAGCGUGCGCCAAGCGCGGCUCCCCCCACCUGCCCGGCACGGUGCUCUACACCUCGGCCCAGCCCUGCCCCAUGUGCUCCACCGCCAUCAUGUGGGCCCGGGUGGACCAUGUCUACUAUGGGGCCACCUAUGAGGACGUGAUGGAGAACGGCAACUUUGAGGAUGCCGACUUCUUGGGCGAGCUGCGCAAGCCUGACGACCAGCGGGCCAUCAAGUGCGAGAUUGUGUGCCGUGAGGAGGCGGUGGGCGUGUGGCGCAAGUACAAG